AUGAAAAGCUCAUCAAUGACGAGCAAACACGAUAAAGACUUCAAUUACGCCGUACAUGUGACUCACAUUAUUCUGCGAUUAAUCGGCGCGUGGCCGAGUCUCAAUGACGCUUCCAACAUGGAAAGAAUUGCGACUCGUUUCCAAAACGUCAUUUGUCACUUUUUAUUCGGAUUUAUAAUUGUGCCGAGUCUUCUACGAGUAUUUCUAAAGGAAUACGAAUUUAAACGUAGAGUCAGACUGCUUGCGCCGAUUGUAAAUUGUUCGAUGGGUUGGAUGAAGUAUUUCCUGAUCCUGAACCACGUAAAAGAAAUUCAAUCUUGCCUGAAUCGGGCGCGUCAGGAUUGGAGUGAUACGGUAAAUGGAAGUGAUCGGAAAGCGAUGUUGUCUACAGCGAGAGUAGGACGAAAGUUUGCGAUUUUUUCUGCCGUCUUCAUGUAUACCGGCGGACUAGGUUAUCGAAUACUUAUACCACUUUCGAAGGGUCGUAUGCUUACACCGGAGAACAUCACGGUGAGAGCAUUGGCAUUGCCGAGUUACUUCAUUAAGUUUAAUGGACAAGUGUCACCAGCGUACGAGAUCGUCUUUACCCUGCAAGCCUUUGCAGGAUUAAUUACCUAUUCGACAGGAGUUGGUGCGGCCAGCUUGGCAGCAUUUUUCAUCAUGCACAUUUGUGGACAAUUAAGUGUUAUAAUGGGCAAACUGCAGAAUCUCAACAACAUAUCAAAUUCUAACGAUCGAGCUGUCGCGAUAUUGUUGGCUGAUAUCGUACAGCAUCAAAUAAAAGUGAAAAGUUUUCUAACACAAGUAGAGGCAACUAUGCGAUAUGUAUGGUUAGUGGAAAUAAUGGGUUCUUGUCUACUUUUAUGCCUUUCAGGGUAUUAUAUUAUUAUGGAAUGGCAAAAUAAUGAUUCGACGGCUAUGUUAACUAUGUCUGUGAUGCUUACAUCUUUCAUCUUUUCGAUUUUUACCUACUGUUAUGUGGGUCAACGAUUGACAGAUCAGAGCAUCAAAGUUGGAUUAAUGACAUCCACGACAAAUUGGUAUCAUCUUCAAUACAGAAGAGCCCGUUCUUUAAUACUAAUAAUGGCAGUUUCCAAUAUUCCGGCAAAAAUUUCAGCAGGCAGAAUGAUAGACAUAUCUCUACCUACUUUCAGUAAUGUAAGUAUAAAAGCUUGUGCACAAAUUGAUCAUGGAAGUGAUCGGUGUGUGGUAAAAUGUGAACAAAUUCGGAAAAUGAACGAAACAUCUCAGAGGAUCCCGUUUACGAGAUCGUAUUUUUGA